GCCCCCGCCUCCCCCGUCUCUACGGUGGCCGCGGGGUCGUUGGACAGAGUGCGGAGCGUUUCUCUUCUCCGUUCCUCCGCGGCCGACCCGGGCUAGGCGGUGAGGGGAAAGAGAGAGGGGUCGGUGGCGGCGAUGUCCGAACGUGAACAGGCCCGGCGAGGCCCUAGCCCGCCUUUCCGUCGGCAAACCGGGCGCUGGGCCGGGCCCUGAGCCGCCCGCGGUCCCGGAGCGGGAUAACCCCGCAGUAGGCGCUGAGGAGCCGGCGAGGCCCGGAGCUGCCCCGGCUGAGGAUGGGGAUCCUCUUCACCAGGAUAUGGAGGCUGUUCAACCAUCAGGAGCACAAAGUAAUCAUUGUUGGUCUGGAUAAUGCAGGAAAAACAACCAUUCUUUAUCAAUUUUCCAUGAAUGAAGUGGUGCAUACCUCACCCACCAUAGGGAGUAACGUGGAAGAGAUAGUGGUUAACAACACGCGCUUUCUGAUGUGGGAUAUCGGAGGGCAGGAGUCUCUCCGGUCUUCGUGGAACACCUACUAUACAAACACUGAGUUUGUGAUAGUUGUUGUGGACAGCACAGACAGAGAGCGAAUUUCUGUGACAAAGGAAGAACUGUAUAAAAUGCUAGCACAUGAGGACUUGAAAAAAGCAGGUUUGCUGAUCUUUGCUAACAAGCAAGAUGUUAAAGAGUGUAUGACAGUAGCUGAAAUAUCUCAGUUUCUGAAACUGACUUCAAUUAAGGAUCACCAGUGGCACAUUCAGGCAUGCUGUGCUCUAACUGGAGAGGGACUGUGCCAAGGACUCGAAUGGAUGAUGUCAAGACUUAAGAUCAGAUGAUUUUUAAUGACCUUUUUGCACAGACACUGCUUAAAAAGAGCUGUACCCAUGAUUACCUUCACAGUGGCAGAAUUAAUGGGUUAGAUGUAUUUAUACUGAACUGAUUUCAACUUUAUUUUCUACAUAGAUGCACACACACAUACGUGUAUAUAAAUUAAGACAGUUCAGCAAAAAGAAAGAUGCAGUUGAGGCUCCAGUUUGGUUUCCUGUUUGUUUUCCUCUGAGGAUGCAUUUAAAAGCUGUGAUCAACCUUCUUUUCAAGAUACAGCCACUCCGAACAGUCCAAUGUUGAACAUUGUGAAGAUGAAGUGAGAGGAAGAAGCUAUUAAUUUUGAAUUUUACUAUUCCAUUGUACUCCUCUCUAAUUGAAGAUGUUGGCUUCAUUAUUCCAGUAAAUUAGCAAAGAAAUCAAUGGCAUAGAUAUCAACUUUCCAGUAUUUUUAAGGUUACCGAUGUUACAAAUGCAAAAAUAUUUUCCUGUAUGUGUACUGUACAUAGUUGUGUGUAUUUAUACCUCAAUUUUAGGUUGAUUGCAAUCUGUUCAGACCAGUGUGAAAAGCUGAACCAGUAUGUUGACAGCAGUACUAAUAGUUGACAUCGCCAACGUGUCACAACUUCUUUUCCUUUGUUAUCUGUAUGACUGUAGUGUCCAUCAGACAGUUGGCUCACCACAACUUUAUAAAGCAAGCUCUCUCUUAAGACUGUUGCUUUUCACAUGAUUUUUCACUUAGGGAGGAUGCCAUAAUGGAUUGGGGCAUAUGGAUUGAACUUCAAAUUGCAGUGUCGGCAAACAGUAAAAAUUUGCCAAAGAGUUUAAAAUGAAACAGAUUUUUUGUAUUGUAGUCAUCAAUGGAUUAGGUGAUUCCAAAAAAUGCGUGUCAUGCUGUCCUGUGGUACUGCUCUUCUUUUUUUGCAGUACUGUUCAUUUAUGAUUGAAGUCUGGUAGAAGUACCUUUAGCUGUCAUAAAGGGAAAAAUGUCAUCUCUUUUUUCUUUUCUUUUUUUUUUUUUUUUUUUUUUCUUAACCAAAGAAGAGGCAUAAAAGUAUGUUUAAAAGUCCUACUGGAAUCUUGCAAAACAAGUCAUACUCCGUAUCAAGUGUUUUUCAGAGGAAGGCACACUUCUCUUUGGUAGCGUACGAUGUAUAUAUACCUGUAUGCAAUGGAUGGAACUGGGACGGGGAACAAAACAGACCACACUACUUGAAAAGCUGUAAGUGACCCCUUGAUCAUGUUCCCACUGAAGUUCCAGGGCAGAAAACAGAAACUCCCUUGCCUGGUCUCCGGGUGAGUUAUAAAGAAGUCUCAGAACACUACGUGAUUCUCUCUCCUUACUGUGGUACGUAGUGGGGUGGGUGUCCCACACGGACGUUGUUCAGAACGACCGUUGUAAAGGAGGCGGGCUUUUCAGUGGGAUGACAGUUGGGUGGCUUGAAAUGUCGUCAGUAUUGUGAACGUGUACGUAGCCUUAAUCAUAGGCUUUUAUGUGGGAGAUGUAUGUUUGGGCAGUAUAGUAAAAUGAAAUAAAACUUUGUUUAAAAUGUCCCUCCCUUUUUUGGCUCCUACAUCUGAUGAGGAUGGAAGAGACAUUUUAAAGGAAAAGGUUAGUUUGAACUUCUUAAGGUGCUUAUCUUUAGUUAUGGGAUAAUCGAGUCAGCGCACCCGCCUUCCCAUUUGCCUGCUUCACUGGGGAUCACAGUGUGAACUUGUGGGGAAAAGAAGGGAGGCAAUUUCAAAAGUCUGUAUUUAACAAAGGCAGGUAAAGAAUUUAACUUUUUAAUGUUUUUGGUAUCUCUUUAUGAUGCUCACGGGCUAGGGAAUCUGCUGUCUUUGUUAAACAUUUUAAUGUGUACAUGCAUAUAUUUCUAGUGCAUGCACAUAGCUAUUGGUAUUUAACUGGUGUAUUGCAAAAUGUAUAAAUGUUUAAAGAAAUAACAAUUUAAUACAAAGACUUUCUCAGUUUAUCUGAUAGUAUCCUCAAGAAAUGAGCUCUGUGCACACUUGCAUAUGAAAUGGAAUUGUACAUUUUCUAGUCUUAAAAAAGAAAAAGCAGACUUGCUUAUAAACCAAAGUGUUUGGUUUUUGAGUCUUAUGUCUUCCCUUUCAUCCCCUUAAAAUAUUUAGAUUUAGUAUUGUUAAAUACUGAAUCUGCCCAGGUUGUGUGUGUUGGGUAUUUGUUUGUUUCUAAGAAAACGAGUUGUUCCUGUUAAUGAAAGAAAAAUCAUGGAGAGUAUUUUAAUACCUGCUUCUUGAUGAAAUUUGCUGCUUACUCCUUUGCUUAAAUUUGUAGGAAUAUAAUGAAAGUGUGGUGGUUUUUGCCAGGUAUGGCUUAUGUUGCAAUCAGACAUCUUAUGUUUAUGCAGAAGUAAACUUACGUUUACUCUUUUUCCCUCUCGGUAUCCUGGCCACUUCCACUUUGUGUGGCCUUUGAGAUACUGCAUGUUUCACAUCAUCUUUGUUUCACAAGUGGCAGCAGACCCCGGCAGGGAGCUGCGCAUAACUGCACACAUGAAGACUGCUUGUUAAAACAAUGUCUUUUGUGCCCUGAAGAGUUUAUAAUCCAAAAAUUAAAUUGUUGUCUGUGUGUUGGACGGUGAACAAUCCAGUUUUAACCCACCUACACUACUACGUGUGUCCUGUCACUUAUAGUGAUGAGUUUUCUAUCUGUUUUGUGAUCCCAUGGUAUUUUAGAGGGCAGAUGUGCUCUUCAGUAGCUAGAAUUCGGUGGUGGCCAAUGCUUACUUACACAUUGCCUGCCAUUCUUGACUGGGGCUUAGGAAUGACAGGAAGAUGCACCUUCGUUUUAAACGCUGGAUUUGCAGUCUGUAUGAGGAUGAUGGAUUUUGUCUGUAGUAGCUGGGCAACUCUUUGUCACCCCGUUGUAAAGAGAGGUGGCGAUUCCAAAUUCUCCCCUUGUGUGGUUGGUGUGAUCGUGCUUUUAAGUGCAGCAAAGUGUAGCGAAAGUGGAGUAGUGUCAUCCAGAUGGUGCAGGGGAAGCUUUCGUAGGAAAGUUUGCCUGAAGGUCCUUCAUCAGGACAAGUGUGUGUGCUCAGACACUACUGAGAUGAACAUUAGAAGAAUAUGCAAGUAUAGACCCUCAUGGUAGUGUCGUGGCUGUGACAGCUCUUUUCUACAUGCCUUGCCUGUUGUGUAAAGCUAGGAAUGUUUUUACCAUUAGCCACCUAGUAGAGCUGGAGAAGAGCAGACACACUGUUGAACACACAAACCCUUUGUGUACGUGCUUCUUGUUUACAGCUUGUUUUUUCUUUUCCCUGUAGGACAAACCACAUUUUUCUCACAACUGUUCAUAGCAAAGCAAGUUAACUUUGUAUCAAUGCUGCUUUCAACUUCACUGGGUUAUUGUUUGGAAGUGAUUGUCUUAACAUGGGUCAUGACCUGGAUUUGUAUUGCUUUUGUGUUUUCACCCUCUGUGUGUUGUGUUGCCUUGGCUCUCAGCUAAAGCUUAAGAUUACUUUGCCUUUGUUCUUCGCGAGAUUCUUUCUUGGGAUGUUACACAGAAAAAGGGAGGGGUCUUUAAAAAUGGUUAUUUCAGUUUAUGCUGCAGAAUGUCGUUUUACUAGCAAAAAAUAUAGCAGUAAGCUAAUACUUAAAAUGUUUAUUUUGGUUUAGCAGACAAUAAACUUGCUAAAUCAUGUCUAUAAUAUGCUGCCUCUGUGAUCUGAAAAUUAUGCAGGUUUUUAAUUGUGAGAAAAGGUGGAAUAUAGAACUUGGAAAAUGUGAACAGGGAUCUACCUAGUUUCAUUUUUGUAAUUUUAUUUUUUUUCAGGGAGGCUUAAUAGCUGUUUUCCUGUGCAUUAUAUAGUGUGUUCCUAGGUGUAGGUGUGCAUGUGUGAAUGUUAAACAUCGUAUCUGAUGGGCGCCUUCUACAGUCUAUGCAGCUCAAGUGCCUAAAAUUAACUCUUGGGUUUUUUUUUUCCUCCUAUGCUACAAUUUCCAUUUCCUUAAAAUAGAUAUAUUUCUAUAAAAGCAUCUAAGUGUGUGUAAAUGAGUGUUUCUUCUCCUCCCUACACACUGGUUUUAACAUGAUUUAUGAUAAAUUUAUUUGUUACAAUCCUUUCUAUCCUCUGCAUUCCAAGCACUUUCCCAUGUACCAGACAUCACAUAGCCAGCUUGCUUUGAGAAAGGCAAUAUUAACUUUGUCCUUGUAUCAGAUUGGUUAGCUGGAAUUCUUUUCAAGGAACUCUGUUUAAAUAACUUCAGAAUACUUGGCCUUGUAAGCAUCCUCAUGUAAGUAGUUCCUUUUUAAUCGGCUAGUAAAAUGUGAACUUUGCAAGUGUCAGACUAAUUGUGUCAGCAAAAGAGCUUUCAGCUAAUUGAAAUGAAUGUAAUAUUAAGCCUUUACUUGGCGCAUCAUUGAGCAUUACAGGACAAGAAUGAUUUUGAUGUCAGGAAGAACGGCACUAAGAAAGAAAAACCUCUAUGCGUAUAGGUGUGAUAUGUAUUAUAAACACAAAUGUGACUUGAAUAGAAUUGUUGCAGUGAAUAUAUUAAAUGUACAAAAAAGAAAAUCUAAGGGGUUGCCACUGUAACUUUUUUACAAUGUGCUUUAGAAUCAUAAGCAGAAAUUAUAUUCUUGCCUUACUAGGAUUUUACUGGUUAAUUUUUAUAUUGUACAGAAACUUGUUUUGAAAAUGUUCUUCGCAUCCAAUAGCCGCCUUUAUUCACCACAGGCUCAUAGUCAUGUACCACCCCUGGCCUUUUAAGCCACAUCUCUUGUGAGGAAGGACACAGGUUGGGUGGUGGGUUUUAAGCUUUUACUAUUUGUACAUUCGGAAAACUUGGCUGCUACUGAAUUGAGAUAGAAAGCGCUGCUUUACCCAGAAGCUAUAAAUCAUUGUAAAGCAGCGGCUCAAUGUUACUCUUGUCCAAAUACUUCCUGCAUCAAACACUAUGGAGGGUGGAAGAGGUGGCCAAGGACAGGCGUGUUCUCCUGCAGAGAGGUUCAAAGAGCAAAAAAGAAAAUAAAGAGAACCUCAGGUUGGAAAGCCUGAGCACUCCUAUGGCUAAUGACCUGAAGAAUUGGUAGUAUGUGCUAGAGGAACAGUAACUGUGUCUGUAUUAUGCUUUCUUGAAUGUUUUCAACAUGUCAUCAACUGUUCUUGCUACGUUCUUUCUCAAAACCUUUAAUCCUGCAGCCGCAGUCCUGCACUUGGCCCGAACGAGCUGCUCGAGGUCCGGGUCUGCCCUUCUGGCGCUGUGGGGAGCAGGGUCGGAAGGAACCGGCUUUGUCCUCAGGCUGCACCAAACACUGGCUUGUCAUUUAACCUCCAACACUAACCCUGCGACUCCUUGAGUGUAAACGUCUCUGAUUAGCAUACUAAUGCUGGGGUUAUGUUAGAGUGUGUUAUCGGUCUGGUUUUUACGAAUGCAAAGUCUGUAUGUACACGCAUUAAUCAUAUGACCAAGGGUCAUAUUUCUUUUGAUCGCUUGUAUUUUGUACUUCUCUUUCUAAAAAGUUUGUCUUCUUUCUGAAAGAAAUGCAUAAAGUAUGUGGCUAACACUGAUACUGCAAUAAAAUUUCAUUCCAGUGCAUCCAAAAUUAUUCCUUCAAAUUAAUACAGGGACUUUUGAGGGCUGGCAUUUCCUGGCUUCAGCACUUCUGUGUCUGAAAUUUAAGCAUGUUUAUUAAAGUUAUUUAGCUAAAACUUUUUAUAAAGCUACUUACUAUAAUAAUUUAUGAUUCUAUUAAGUAACUCUUCCUGAAAUUUUAUCAGAACAUUCCAUGAAUUGUUUCCCCCUUACCUCUUUCUGUCUUUCCUGGCUUUUAAAAUCUGAUUUUCAUUUAGUUGAAGGGAACUCAUCCAGUCUUUUUAAUUCUUCUGGAAGAGGUGAAACACAAAUUUGGUCUGGAGUUGGGAGGGAGCUGUGUACCAGCGUACGUACACAUUCAUAGGUAACUUCAGAAUUGCUAAUUCUUGAAAAAACUACUAUUUUAAGAUGAAAGCACUCAUCAAAAUUUUAGUGUUGGCAUUAAAUCUUUUGUGUGUACAUGUUGUGGUGAAACUUUUCAAGCAAAGGUAUCAUUUCUGACCUAGUUUGUGGGGUUGUCUGGGUGUUAUUGGGGUGAAAUGCGCUGGUCUGUGAUGACAGGGUUUGUUUUGGGACAUAGGCAUUUGGGACGAGUUUGGUAACGAGUCUGUGCUGGCUGGUUUGAAACAGAAUGGAAAUUCAAAUUAACAGUGAACUGCUCUUUUCCUGUAGAAAAUGCUGAAUUCCAGUGGUGCACCGCUCCUGCGUAUUCACGUUGCGCAUGCCGUUAUUUGCAGCCUUGGAGCGGUGAGGGGUUACAGCAAACUUCUUAGAAAGCAAAAGAGAUGAAACCAGAGCGGGGUUAAAAAUAAAAUUACCGUGUUACUGCGCUGAAGGUACGUUGCUGGUCAGCUCUGCAACCCCAACCAUCCUGCUCCAUGUGUGUUCGUUUUGGACUUGUUGCUCUGUUUCUAACUGGGCAAUGUUUCUAUCCGUGUGGUAAUCUUGUAGAAUAACUUUUCUGUUAAGUAAUGCAUGCACAGAUGAUGUCAAGUGAGUUUUGAGGAAGAAGUAAAUGCAUCCACCCCUCUAUUAUGACGGUGUAACGAUGGCAAAAUGCUUUUCCACACUCCUCAUCCUUCUGCCUCUGAUUUUCGCUGUGUGUCUAGGUGAAGGCCUUCUCCUUUGCGACACGCUCUUCCCAUCCGGGUGGGCUUUGUCUCCAGCUCCUCCUUGCUGCACGCUACUGUCUUCCUCCUCCUCCGUGCGUGUUUGGCUGGAGGGCAAAGGAAGGGUGAGCUACCCUCCAAGCUGUGCCCGCUCUUGGGCUGCGUCCCUCUUCUUUCUCUUCCUCUUAACUCUGCUAUUCCUUGACCUUGCUACGACUCUUCUGAAAGCUGCUCUGGUUUUUCUUUUCAUCCAAUUCAAUAUAGGUUGAUUUUUUUUUUACCAAAAAAAAAAAAGACACAGCUAUCAGAUACUUACUUUAGUCUGGUGUGGUAUAAGGUUCCUCUGAACUGUUUGUUCCUCGGGCCGUGGUCCAUUGCCUGCCUCGCAUCCCCUUGGUGCCAUCUAAUCUUAGGCUGUAGAUCACCACACUGGUCCAUAAAACCCACACAAAAUAAGUAUUUCUGAAGGUUUUUAUUCUGGUACGUUUUUAACAUUAAAUACCUUUAUUCUUCUUAUCUGCGCACACACAAAAAAUGUUUGCCACUGCUAAACUCCGAGCGUUUUACAUCCAACAGAUGCAUCUACCGUGAGUAGAGCAGACCUGCUGAAACGAGCCUUGGCUUUGUCAUUUACAUCUGGUGUAUGAAACUGUAAAUAGACUUUUUAACAGAAAAGGCUGUUACUUUUUGGCUUUUUUUCUCAACUGUAUGAAAGCUAAAGACUGCUGUGUUCUCUUUAAUUGCUUUUCUUUAAAUUAUAACAUAAUGUAGUAUUUUUUUUUAUCCUAUUACCACUUUGAAAAUUACAGGUCGCGUUGCUACUCUUUUGUUGCACAGUCUACAUUGAUUUAUUCUCUCUGAAUAUGGCUCUUUAAUUAGAUGCAAAACUACAGAAUAGUUAACGUCUUCAGAGUUAAUUCUGGUUAUUAACUUUUUUGUUCUGUCUUGGUUUUUGUCUCUGAUUCUUCAGAAUUGGAAGGGGUUGGUUUGUUUGUUUUUUCCAAAUAUAUAUAUAUACGUGUAUAUAUCCAUGUAGGCAAACUAUUGGGGUCAUGCAAAGAGAUGCAGAUCACGGAAUAGUAACAAUGAAAAUUGUCUAGAUUUUUUGUACAUAAAUAAAGAUUUAGUAUAAAUGCUGGUACUGUUGAAGACUUGCUUCUGAGGUCCUUGUACUGUUGAACCCUAACAGACACCUCGUUAUUACCUGUAUGUAUAACUUUGAACCAUGAAUUAAUGGAUGCCUAUUAGAGCUGUGUAAACAACUAAUAAACCGAACUGUUUGUAUUAAGUUGGCCAGAUAACUUCUUCA